AUGUCUGAUUUCCAAUUGGAUAUUUUGAAGAAAUUGAAUGAAUUGGGUGAGAUUAAAUCCACUUUACAAGUUUUUGCCGACAAGGAUUCACAAGAUGUUCUUAGCGCUUUGAACUCUUUGAAGGCUCACUCUAAAUUGAACUACACAAAGCAUGACACAAUUUUGUAUGAUCUUUCCACUGAAGGUCAGGAUAUAUUGAAUAAUGGUUCUCAUGAAAUGAAAUUAUUGAAGCUUAUCAAAGAAGUUGGUAAUUUGAAAAUUAGUGAUGUCAAUGCCAAGUUAGGUAAGGAUGGUAAGCUAGGUCAAGCUCGUGCUUUCAAGAACGGUUGGAUUAAGAAGAACGAGAACAACGAACUAGAAGUAAACGAAAAGGGUAAAAACGAUGUCGAAGAUACAACUCAGGUUGAAUUGAAGGCUAUAGUGGAAGGCAAAGCUGACUCUUUAGAUAAAAAUGUUGUCAAUGAUUUAAAGAAGAGAAAGUUGAUCACUCCAAAGAAGUUGACUGAUUUCGAAGUUGUCAAAGGUGCUGAAUUCUCUUUGGAAAUUAAAAAAUUGGAAACUGAUAUAACAUCAGACAUGGUGGUUACUGGUUCUUACAAGGAUCUUGAAUUCAAACCAUACAAUUUCAAUUCUCAAGGUCUUGAAGUUCAAUCUGGUGCUCUCCAUCCAUUGAGCAAGGUUAGAGAGGAAUUCAGACAAAUCUUUUUCAGUAUGGGUUUCACUGAAAUGCCAACUAAUCAAUACGUUGAAACUGGUUUCUGGAACUUCGAUGCCCUAUAUGUUCCACAACAACAUCCAGCCCGUGAUCUACAAGAUACUUUCUAUAUCAAGGACCCUCUAACAUCUGAUCUACCCGAUGACAAAGAAUACCUAAAUAACAUCAAGGCUGUUCACGAAGGUGGUAAAUUUGAUACAAUUGGUUACCGUUACCCAUGGAAACAAGAAGAAAGUCAAAAACUUGUUUUGAGAACUCACACAACUGCCAUCUCUGCUGCUAUGCUGCAUAAAUUGGCAAAGGAUCCAAAGCCAACAAGAUUAUUCUCCAUCGAUCGUGUUUUCCGUAAUGAAGCUGUCGAUGCUACACAUUUGGCAGAAUUUCACCAAGUCGAAGGUGUACUUGCCGAUUACAACAUUACUUUGGGUGAUUUGAUUAAGUUCAUGGAAGAUUUCUUUGCCAAGAUGGGUGUAACAGGUUUGAAAUUCAAGCCAACCUAUAAUCCUUAUACUGAACCUUCUAUGGAAAUUUUCUCAUGGCACGAAGGUCUAGGUAAAUGGGUCGAAAUUGGUAACUCUGGUAUGUUUAGACCUGAGAUGCUUGAACCAAUGGGUCUUCCAAGAGAUCUAAGAGUUCUAGGUUGGGGUCUUUCUUUGGAGAGACCAACCAUGAUUAAAUACAAGGUUCAAAACAUUAGAGAACUUUUGGGUCACAAGGUUUCAUUAGAUUUUAUUGAAAACAACCCAGCGGCUAGAUUAGACGAAGAUCUGUAUGAUUAA